GUCCACACCGCCAGCGACAGCGACCCUCAUCAGCUCAGCUGCUCCCCCUCUGUCUAUAUAUGGGCCUUGUCUCACACUAAUCCUCUCACAUAAUUAGCCACCGCCACCAGUUAGCCCUCUGUCCUGUUUGACGAGGAGGAGAAGGAAGCAAGGAACAAGGCGCCGGAGGGGGAAGAGGAACUCAAGCUCCGGCAAACAGCAAGCCCAUAUACGUACAUUGUGAUAGCCGCUACAACAAGGCCGUCGCCGUCGCCGUUGCCAUGGGAGUCCUCUUCUCGUGCCCCGCCGACGACUACGACCCGCUGCACCUGGUGGAGGAGGAGGCGGCGCCGCCGUCCGCCGGCGGCGCAGGGGAGGAGCCGGCCGUCUUCACGGCGGCGCUGGGCUCCGGCAAGCUGCGCAUCGAGGGGUCGCUGAGCUUCAAGCGGGCGCAGGCCGCGCUGCAGGUGGAGACCGAGAUCUCCAUCCGGACCGCCGCCAUGCCCGCGCCGGGACCGGGACCCCUGCCCAGGGGAGCUAGGUUCGCCGGGCCGGCGGCCGCGGACAGCCCCAAGCACGAGGCGGCGGCGCUCAGGCUGCAGAAGGUGUACAAGAGCUUCCGCACGCGGCGCCAGCUCGCCGACUGCGCCGUGCUCGUGGAGCAGAGCUGGUGGAAGCUGCUGGACUUCGCGCUGCUAAAGCGCAGCUCCGUUUCCUUCUUCGACAUCGAGAAGCAGGAGACCGCCGUGUCCAAGUGGUCAAGGGCAAGAACGCGAGUCGCCAAGGUUGGAAAGGGGUUGCUGAAGGACGAGAAUGCUCAGAAGCUUGCGUUGCAGCACUGGCUGGAAGCGAUUGACCCGCGGCACCGGUACGGCCACAACCUUCACUGCUACUACGACUGCUGGCUCCACUCCGAAAGCAAGCAGCCUUUCUUCUACUGGCUUGACGUCGGAGAAGGCAGAGAGAUGAAUCUCGAAGGCAAGUGCUCAAGAUCGAAGCUUCUGAGCCAGUGCAUCAAGUACCUUGGCCCAAAAGAGAGAGAGGACUAUGAAGUCGUGAUCGAGGACGGCAGGUUCUUGCACAAGAAAAGCCGGCGGAUCCUUGACACUUCGUCCGGGCCGCGAGACGCCAAGUGGAUCUUUGUUCUUAGUACGUCUAAGAACCUGUACGUUGGCCAGAAGAAAAAGGGAACAUUUCAGCACUCUAGCUUCCUCGCUGGAGGGGCCACUUCUGCCGCUGGGCGACUGGUCGUUGAGAAUGGAACUUUGAAGGCUAUUUGGCCUCACAGCGGGCACUACCGCCCGACGGAGGAGAACUUCCAGGAGUUCAAGAGCUUCCUCAAGGACAACUCGGUUGACCUAACCGACGUCAAGAUGAGCCCAGAGGAGGAGGACGAGGAGUUCUGGGGCAGAGGGGGAUCAGCGGCAGGAGGCCGAGACCCAUCGGAAGACGUCGACCAGGAUGCGGCGGCGGCGGCGGCCGGGGAGCAGCAGCAGCAGGCGGCCGAGGCCGAGGAGGAAGAGGAGGAGCGGCAAGCGCCCGUGCCGCGGGAGAAGAUCCUGCAGCGGAUCAACUCCAAGAAGGGGGCCAAGUCGUACCAGCUGGGCAAGCAGCUGUCCUUCAAGUGGACCACGGGGGCGGGGCCCCGCAUCGGCUGCGUGCGCGACUACCCGUCCGAGCUCCAGCUGCAGGCGCUGGAGCAGGUCAACCUCUCUCCGAGGUGCGCCGCCGCCGCCGCCUCCCGGGUCGCCUCGCCACUCGCGCGAAGCUUCAACAACCACCCAGCGCCCGCGACAACAGCAGCAAGGGGGUGCGAGGCGUCCACGCCGAAGGAGGCGCUCCGGUCGCCUCUGCAGCACGGAGCACUGGCCGUGGCAGCCGCAGUUGAGUCUGAGUGACGCACGCAGUUGCACCUGCAUCAGCUGAAACAUUUCUUGAAUAGUCCUCGGAUAAUUCAUUAUUGAAGAUAUGAAAAGUUUUGAAAAAAUCAUCAGACAGUUCGAUGAUGAAGUGGUGUACAGUACUAGGUAGGUAGGGGCCAACAAGGAGAAUAAUGGAACAUACUGUUUGAGUAGUAGAUGUCGUAGGGUCCAUUUUUUUCAUUCUGGUUCUUUUUGACCUAUAA